AUUACCUCGUGUUUGAUCAUCGACAUAUGGAUACUAAUCAAAGGUCGGUGUUCUAAUCUUCCCCUAAAGCUCUCUUUAUUUCAUUAGGAAUUCACCGAUCAUCUGUCAUUGAACAAUCCCUGUCGUGGUUGUUUCCUUCUCUGUUACAAAAUCCUGCAUGUCUGUUCAAGCUCCAGGGAAAAGGUUCAAUUUGAUGGGAUACGGAGAACUUCGCGCAAUACGAAUCUCGUUUCUGGGUUUUGAUCGGCAUUUCGCAAGGAUGUGUCGGAUUGAUCGCAGCAUUUAUUUAUUUUUUGCCUGUGUCGCGCGUGAUUCGCUGUUUACGUGCGUUCGCCCGUUUGGAAGAAACGUGAAAUUUAAAAUUGUUCUGCCUGUUGGGAUGAGUCGCGAUGAGAGAAGUGCAUCGAGUUCUUGUUCCUUGAAAAUUGUUGCUAGGCCUGGUGAUCCGGGGAUGUAGAAUGGAUCGAGCAAAUACGAGAAUUUGUUCCGAGAUUUCGAAAGACCUGUUAAAAAUUUUGGUUGAGGUGUCUCUUGGGGGAUUCAAUCUGAUAUUCCUCGUAUACAUUUGGAAGGAAAUUAACCAACGGAAGGGCACAUUUGUUAGCAGUGAAUAACGUAGACACACGGCGCUCAUUUUGAUUCGAAUCCUCGACAUACAAGGUGGAAGUUGGAUCUCGGCUUCUCUCUGAGUUUGUAAUUAAGAUUUACUAUUAUGUGAACAAUCUCAAUACGAUGUUUGAUUGUGGUUACAAGUCGCAGUAUAUCGGAGGCCAAAGAGAGAAGUUUGUAAGGUUGGAUGACUUGGAUUCUACAGUAUCAAUGCCAUCUCAUGCCGGUGGGAUGAAAGGAUAUGGCUUCAAUUUUGCUGGACUGCUCCGUACUGGUCGUGCGAGAAACAAUGCGUCGAAAUCAUUCAGAGUAGGAGUGAAAAAGGGCUCGGAAGGACUUAGGGCGUUCGGUAAAUCAAUUAGAUUUGGGGUCAGCCGCGCAGUGUUCCCGGAAGAUCUCAAAGUAUCCGAGAAGAAUAUAUUUGAUCCCCAAGACAAGUCCCUUCAGUUCUGGAACAAACUCUUUGUCAUAUCAUGUAUUCUUGCGGUGUCCGUUGAUCCCUUGUUUUUCUAUCUUCCUGUGUUCAAUACAUCGAAUUGCCUCGGCAUAGAUAAAGGUUUAGCAGCCCUAAUUACGACGGUCAGGACAGUUCUUGAUGUCUUUUACCUUUUCCGAAUGGGUUUCCAGUUCCGUACCGCGUACAUUGCACCAUCGUCGCGAGUUUUUGGACGAGGUGAACUUGUGAUUGAUCCUGCACAGAUAGCUAUGCGCUAUUUAAAGCGCUAUUUCAUUGUGGAUCUGCUAUCUGUUAUACCAGCACCACAGAUUGUGGUGUGGAAAUUUCUUCAGAGAGCAAAAGGUUCAGAAGUGCUGAAUACAAAGCAUGCACUGUUAAAUCUAGUCUUCGUUCAAUAUAUUCCAAGGUUCGUCCGCUUUAUACCUCUCACAUCGGAAGUCAAGAAGACAGCAGGUGUUUUCGCUGAAAGUGCUUGGGCUGGUGCAGCAUAUUAUCUACUUUGGUACCUGCUAGCUAGUCAUAUAUUUGGGGCUUUAUGGUACUUGCUUGCUGUGGAACGUAAGGACACAUGCUGGCAGAAAGCCUGUGCUGAAACAAGACCCAAAUGCAUGAAAGAAUUUUUGUACUGUGGCAAUAAGCAUCUGCCAGGAUACGAAGAGUGGAGAGCAAUCAUGGGAGAUGUUCUCGGAAGAAAAUGCAACGUUGCGGAUGAGAAUUUGCCAUUCAAUUUUGGAAUUUACACUCAAGCUAUGUCUUCUGACAUAGUCGCAUCGAGGAACUUCUUCUCGAAAUUCUUUUAUUGUCUAUGGUGGGGCCUGCAGAACUUGAGUACACUCGGGCAGGGGCUCAAAACAAGCACAUACACCGGCGAAGUCCUCUUCUCCAUUGCGCUGGCAAUUUCUGGCCUCAUCCUCUUUGCACUUCUGAUUGGAAAUAUGCAGACCUACCUUCAGUCUCUGACUGUCCGUCUGGAGGAAAUGAGGAUAAAGAGGCGGGACUCUGAGCAAUGGAUGCAUCAUCGGUUGCUUCCACAGGAGCUCCGAGAACGAGUUAGGCGUUACGAUCAAUACAAGUGGUUAGAAACACGUGGAGUAGAUGAAGAGAGCUUGGUCCAGAGUCUACCAAAGGACCUGAGGAGGGACAUCAAGAGGCAUCUUUGUCUGAAUUUGGUUAGAAGGGUUCCUCUAUUUGCCAAUAUGGAUGAGCGCUUACUUGAUGCGAUCUGCGAACGGCUAAAGCCGAGUUUGUACACCGAAAGUACAUACAUAGUGAGGGAGGAGGACCCGGUCAAUGAGAUGAUGUUCAUUAUACGUGGACGACUGGAAAGCGUAACCACCGAUGGUGGGAGGAGUGGAUUUUAUAACAGAGGAUUACUGAAAGAAGGUGACUUUUGUGGAGAGGAACUUCUGACCUGGGCAUUGGACCCUAAAGCAGGUUCCAAUUUGCCUUCCUCGACUCGGACUGUGAGGGCUUUGACAGAGGUGGAGGCAUUUGCGUUGGAAGCAGAAGAGUUGAAGUUUGUUGCGAGUCAGUUUAGGAGACUCCACAGUAGACAGGUUCAACACACAUUCCGCUUCUAUUCACAGCAAUGGAGGACUUGGGCUGCCUGCUUUAUACAAUCUGCAUGGCGGCGUUAUAUGAGAAGGAAAAAUGCUGAGCUUCGGCGUCUCGAAGAGGAAGAGGAGGAGGAAGACUACAGUGAAGAUGACAACGACGAUGAGAGGGCUUUAGUUGGUCAGAGUUUGUUUGGAGGUAAUUCAUCGACUUUUGCUGCAACAAUACUCGCAUCUCGCUUUGCAGCUAAUGCUCUUCGGGGCCACAGACUGAGAAGUGUGUCAAGUUCCAAGGGGGUAGCGAAAUUACAGAAGCCUCCAGAACCUGAUUUUACGGUUUCUGAUGCGGAGUAAUGUUGUGAGUAUCCUAGAAGAUGGAAAUAGCAAAGUCAAUUCGCUCAUUAGGGGUGGCUUAACCAUGUAAAUUGAUCGCUACAUCCAAGUGUAAAAUUUGGAGCUAGGGCAAGAGUCCGAUAGUGAAACACCUUACUGCAUAUAUGUUCACAUAGAGAUGCAGCUCAAGAUGGGGUGUGAAAAUGAUUCCUGGGGGAGUAUUUGAUCAUUGUAUCAACACAACAGAAAUAAUAUGUCAGGCUAUCUCCUGAUAAAGAUUAAAAUUA